UGUUUUUUCUCUCGUUGGUCGCCGCCGUUCAUUCUAGCCUAUAUCCAUGUUACAAUUAUUUACAUUGCGAUUCGUUUUGGCCGCCCGCAAGGACUUGAACGUUUAAACGACACAACACAUGAAUCAUAAAAGUAUUAUUCACUCGACACCACACUAAUCAUUUAUUCUGAGUAUACUGAUCGAAGACGAUUGCGACUACAGACGAGCGAAACAACUCUUUUCUACUGGAGCAUACGACUGACGCGCACACGCUCGAUUGCCGGCGAUAACGCGUUCGGCCAGACGCCAAACAGCAUUUCCGAAUAUUUAGAUUCACGAAUUCGACGUACGUCCUUGGUGAUUAAAUACCACCAACGUUAUAAAAAUGAGUGAACAAACUGUUUCAUACUCAUAUGGUACGGAAGUUUGGGUAAAAUUGUUCAAUCGUUAUUGGUGGCCUGGUGUAGUAGUAGAUCCCCUUACAAUUCCAGAUGAUUUGUUAGAGUAUGUGAACAAGGUUAACCCUAUUGCUGUGGUUAAAUUUGAAAAAGAACAAAAAUAUGAAGUUGUCCUCAAAAACGAUAAAAUAUUGCUAUACUCAUGCCCUCUUAAAAUGGAAUUGGUUAAAAAAGGGUAUUCUUUACAUAAGAGCCAAGAAAAAGGUACACAUUCAUCAAGUCAUUUCGAUAUGCAGCACUUUUUAACAGACGUUUUAACAAUAGAAAAGCGUAUUGGAGGUGAUAUUCUUAUUUUUGAAAAGAUAGAUAAAGCACAAGAACAAUUGAAGUCCAUCAUACAAGGUUUCACCCCUGAAAUAAAAAAGCCUAAGAAGAGAGGUAGAAAGUCUUUACAAGAAUUACAAGAAUUACAAUCGCUUACAUCGCAAACAAAACCAUCUAGAUCACAAUCAAAAUCAUCUACACCACAAUCGAAACCAUCUACACCACAAUCGAAACCAUCUACAUCACAAUCGAAACAGUCUACACCACAAUCAAAACAAAGUCCUGCUCAAAAACAAAAAUCUUUACCUCCAUCAAGAGCUAUUAAACUCCGUACACCCAUUAGAACAUCAGUAUCAAAUGGUUAUGCUUGUCAUGUACAUGUUAACUGUACUUACUCAACUAAUCGUUAUGAUCUCUUAAAACGGCAUAUGGCAACGCAUAAAAAUGAUACUAAAGAGGAAACGGUCAAGAAAUUACCUAGUUCUAAUGCUAAUAAACGAAAGAAUUUAAAGAACAAAAUAUCAGACGCAAAAAAAAUAAAAUUACAAGACGAGUUAUUAAAAGAUUGGGAAAAUGAUGGCGACGAUGAAGAUGAGGAACUUGAUACAAGUAAUGUGUCUACCAUAAUUGAAGAUAAACAAAGUACAAGUGAAAUUGCACCAACCAUGGCUGAAGUUAUGCCAAAAACAAGUGAAGUCUUACCUUCCAUAACAAAUAAAGUUCAAGAAGCGAAUAUAAAUCCUGAUAAAAUUUUAGAUUUAAAUGAAAAUAAUAAAAAUACCCCUGUUAUAGAACAAAGACAAAGUCAAUCUGGCUGUAGCUCAACUGUGGAUGAUAUAAGUGAUAAAUUUGAAAUGCAGUUAACUUCAGAUUGUAUGAAAAAAACAAUUCUCGAAAUAUCACCAAAGGAAUCCGUAUUAGUUGAGGAAAUUAAAAAAGAUCCUUCUAAUGAACCUUGUGAAAUCUAUUCAAAUGAGUUUGCAAAUGAAAUUGAUGAUCAAACAAAAAUUACCGAAUUAUUAUUAGAAAAAACAGUAAAUACUUUGGAUCAUAUAAACCAUUUUGAAAGUUCUUUAAGUGGCAUUUCGAAUACCAUAAAUAAAUCUGAUUCAAAUACGUUGACUAAAGAUGACAAUAUUAUUGGUGUAUCUGAGACAGAGGAAUUCGACUCUCUAAAUGAACCUACUAGUACAAAUAAAGAUAUUUAUACAGAGGCUAAUAGCAACAUAGACAUUGUUGAAAAUAUUACUAUUCAAAUUGAAAAUCGAGAAAUUAAUGAGGAGAAAACUAUUGAUAUAGAGGUAGUUCCAGAUGAUGUAGAAAUGAAUCAGCCGAAUGAUGAAACAAUAGAUAAAAGUAUGCCUAUUGAGGACUCAUGUUCUAUGUAUAGUAUUUCAAAUGAAAUGAGUGCUGAAGAUGUAACCACCGCAGAAAACGAUAAUGGUGAGCCCCUGAUAAAUGAUGUAGGAGAACGUGAUUGGACAAAAAAUAAUGGCUGGCCACCAGGACUUAGGAAAGCCAAACUACUCCAGCCCCUCGACAGUGACCCGAAUUAUAGACCCGCCAUGCCACCAAUAAAACCCAUCAUCGAUAACAAUUCAUUCGAACCGGUAUUCAUGUUUGAAGAAAUCACUGAUGAGCCAUCGUCUCUCAUGUUCGACGUACAAAAAGUGUUGUUGCCUUACUAUAAUAGCCGGUCAACGGAAGAAUUAAGAUCUAGUACUGAAAUAAAAGCCUUGCAGGCAGCCGUGAUGAAUGGUAAAGUGUUAGAAAUCAUUAUAAAUCAUCCAGAAGAUAUACUCGCCUACCCCGAGCAAUGAUUUUCUGGCGACAUGAAAAACUAUUGAUGUUUGAACAAACUUAAGACUGCUACACCAGCAUUACCAAGACAAGUACACACAUAAUCAGUUAUCUUUUAAAUAUAUAUUAUAAUUUAUAAUUUCCAGUUUCAUCUUCUUUUUUUGUUUUCCUCAGUGUGUAUACAUUAUGAUAUUAUAAUAUUAUGUAUAUUACAACGAAUAUUGUUCACCUCAUAUGGAAUAGCGACUUAUGUACGUACCUGAUAUAUAACUAAUUUUCCUUUUUUAUGAUAUUUGACACAGCUAUUCGAUUUUAUAUUCUACAAUGAUAAUAUUAUCGCACGACCGUCAAAUUUGUAAUUAUUAUUUUUUGGCUAUUUAAUAAGUGUUUUUGUCUAAAUCUAUACGAAAACCACUGUUUUGUUGUUUAUCAUAUUAACCUAACAUAACAAAAUGUGGUUCGGAAUUAUAAGAUUUUAUAGAUGUCGAUACUUUUCUGGCGGAAACGUGAAUACUCUUUAAUUCCGCCAUGUAUCAGGAAUUUUUUUUUUUUUAUGAUAACUUAAAUUAAUUGUUUUAUUUUACUAUUAUUUCUAUAAUUUAUUAUAUAAACGUACAAGCAUUCUACGAUUAAACUAUAAUAUUUUAUUUACUUUCAUGUUACUGCGACGUCAUUGGAAAAUUGUACACUUCAGUAAUUCGCGCGUUCAAAACAUACAAGUACUUUUAAAUACUUAGUCUAAUUUUACGAUGCGUCAUCAUUUACUUUACGCAUUACGCUGCGUAUAUAAUAUUAAUUCACUAUAAAUAUAUAUAUAUAAGUACAAAGCUUAAAUCUUAAAUAAAUUUAGUUAGAACCAUUUUUUUAUUUACUUUUUUUUAGUAUUAACUAUAACUAUAUUAAAUAAUGUGUUUAAUAGAUUUGUAAGCGAUUUAUAAAAAUGUAGUUAUUCCAUUUGAACAAUACUCGUUAGUGCCCGUCAUUUAUUAUAGUUUAAUAUAGUCACGUGUCACUGUAUUUUUAACUUUAUAGCACCGGUUCAGUUAUAUCAAACAUUUUUCCUCAAUUCGGAAUACAUUUGCUAUUUUUUUUUUAUGUGUGUAUAUAAUAUAUAAUUUUACAAAAGAAAAUAUUUUUAUGUUAUUUGAGUUGUAGACUUAUAAAGUCGUAUUAAAUUACUAAUUAGUAUAUGAUACGUUUGCUGUCUGUACGAUGUAAGUUAACCGUUUAAAAUGUCAAAAUUCCGCUACUUGUCAUAAUGUGCUAUACAAAUAUUCAUGUUCACAAAAUAAUUAUAAUAUACUUAAUAUAUUUAAAUAAUGUGUGUACAUUUUUAGUACUUGCAGUUUCCUAUAUUUAUAACAUAAGUAUAUUACCAUAUUAGAAAUAUUAAUAUUAAUCCAGUAUUGUACAUCAUCAAAGUGUCUAUAAUGAUAUUGGCGUAUUUAGGAAUUGUUUAUAGGAGGGGUCCAGAAAAUUGUCCAAACAUUGCCAGUUAAGGCCUGAGGCUUUAUCCCCUCCCGCUCUCUCGCACACAUGCACACCACAACAAACGCCUUUUAAUAGGAAUUAAAUGUAUUAAAAUAAUACAAUAUAUUAAAAAACAGAAUUUUAGAGAGCUCCAGAAAAUAAAGAAAAAUUAGAUAAUUUUA